GGCGACACAGGUGCCGCCCGUGGCCCCCGUGUGUCUCCCUAUGCCGUCCUUGGGGUGGCGCCACCCAUCCGUCCGCGGGGGCGGGCCUGGUUGGCGCCAGAAGCUUUGCGCGCCGGCCUCGCUCUCUCACCCUCGCUCUGCCACGGGGCUGGUUUGUGGAGUCGUAAUCCUUUAUCUAUGCUCGCGGCCGCUCUUGCGUCCCGCAUCCGCGAGCGAAGACACGGAUGGCGCCCGCGAGCCCGGUUUCGCGUGCGGCCGCGGAAAUGCGUGUGGGCGUCGCGCUUUAUAAUUUUUGCGUCUUGCAUUGGAAAACUCAAUGACUGACUAGCACCGCUUUGCCCGGACUAUCGGGUGUGGGGUUCGUGAUGGC